AACAGGCGCUAACAACUCUCCAAGAGGAUUUUGCAAAAGCUUGGGGGCUGGGGGAGAUACCACUGGCAUUUAACAGGAGUUACAACCAUGGAAAACCAGCUUUAUCUCUCCACCAAAGAGAAGCUGCAUGUCUGUUUGUUUUCUCUAAGGAGCCAGCAUGACUUUGAAGUUUUAUACAGUCGUGGCAACCUGCAAUUUGCUGGCGUCUUGAGUGGUGCACGUUCCAUUUGCACACCUCCUUCUCUUUCUUCUUCUUUGUUAAUCCACCCAACACACUCACAUGCACACAUUGUUCGACAUGAAUUAAUUGGGCCCUUAAUGCCUUUUGCAAGCACCCUGGUUUAAUUAUUAUCUUUUUUUAUAACCUCUGGGCUUAAGUAGCCACUGCAAUUUCCCACUCUCCUGUUUUUCAGCCGUGGGUAUUCCUGAUUCUGAUUUGCAAGGAAGAGCAACUGAGAAAGAAGGGAACAAACACCUGUGGAAGGACUCUUUGGAUGACACAGGCACAAGACCGACCACAAGAUUGCUGAUAUUAGCAGGUUUGUCAACCCUAAGAAAGCUGAUGGAGAACGUAAGACACAGGAAACAAAGUUCAAACCAGGCUCUCGAUGACCUGUCUGUUACAAGCAAGAAACCUAAAUCCAUGAACUUACAGAAAGAGGUGGGUCUAAUCAGUGGAAUAUGUGUCAUCGUCGGCACUGUGAUCGGGUCUGGAAUUUUUAUUUCUCCAAAGUCUGUUCUGAUUAAUGUUGGAGCGAUUGGACCUUGCUUGAUUAUCUGGGCGGCCUGUGGAGUGUUGGCCACCUUAGGGGCCCUUUGCUUCGCUGAACUAGGCACAACGAUAACCAAAUCGGGAGCAGAAUAUCCUUACCUGUUGGAAGCCUUUGGGUCCAUUCCAGCCUUCUUGUUUUCCUGGUCUAGUCUCAUGGUCAUCAAGCCCAGCGCCUUCGCCAUUAUCUGCCUCACUUUCGCCGAGUAUGUGUCGGCUCCAUUUUACCCGGGAUGUGAGCCUCCCGUGGCGGUCAUUAAGUGCCUGGCUACAGCAGCCAUUGUGGCCAUUACAGUCUUGAAUUCACUGAGUGUGAAAUGGGCAAGCUAUGUUCAGAACAUUUUAACUGCUACGAAAAUGGUGAUUGUCAUAAUUAUCAUUGUAAGUGGCAUCGUUCUCCUGGCCAAAGGAAACACAAAAAAUUUUAACAAUUCUUUUGACAGUUCCUCAAUUUCUGUGGGUGGCAUAAGCCUGGCAUUCUACAGUGGACUCUGGGCCUAUGAUGGAUGGAAUCAACUUAAUUAUAUCACAGAAGAGCUUAAAAAUCCUUACAGAAAUCUACCAUUGUCUAUAAUAAUUGGAAUCCCCCUGGUCGCGGUGUGUUAUGUUUUGAUCAAUGUUUCUUAUUUCACCGUCAUGACAGCCACAGAACUGUUACAGUCUCAAGCGGUGGCAGUGACAUUUGGGGACCGGGUCCUUUACCCCACUUCUUGGAUUGUUCCUCUCUUUGUGGCAUUUUCAGCCCUCGGGGCAGCUAAUGGGACUUGCUUCACCUCUGGCAGACUUGCUUAUGUAGCAGGGCGGGAAGGACACAUGUUAAAGAUUCUAUCUUACAUCAGUGUUAAACGUUUAACGCCGGCACCCUCUGUUAUAUUUUAUGGUAUAAUAGCAUUUUUUUACGUCAUCCCAGGAGACAUCAACACCCUCAUUAACUACUUCAGCUUUGCAGUCUGGUUCUUCUAUGGCCUCACCGUAUUGGGACUGAUUAUUAUGCGCUUUACAAGAAAAGAUCUGAAAAGGCCUAUCAGAAUACCACUCAUCAUCCCUAUUUUUGUGGUGCUAGUGGCCAUCGUUCUGGUCUUGGCACCUAUUAUAAGUGAACCUGAGUUGGCAUAUUUGUACUGUGCCCUAUUUAUUCUUAGCGGACUUAUCUUUUACUUUCUUUUCAUCCACUAUAAGUUUGGCUGGGCUCAAAAAAUCUCAGAGCCCAUCACCAUGUAUCUUCAGAUGUUGCUGGAAGUUGUUCCACCAGAAGAAGCUAGUGAAUGAAAAAAAGAUCCGAUUUUUCCUUCUGAAACCGACAGAAACAAGAUCCUUAAACUAGCUCAAUUUUGCCAAGCAAAAUUGAGCGCGGGUGCUUUACGGAGUAUGUGGGAGACAGCGAAGAUCUUACAAAGAUUUUUUUUUCAUAUUUACUUACCGAGGAAGGAGGACAUUUUUUUUUUUUUGCAUCCAUUGUGAUUUAAAGAUUUAUAGCCAAGCAUGGGGAAAAAAUCAAGAAAGAGGGACUUUCCGCUGCUAAAUUCAAAAUGAAAAGCAUUUAACAACUGAGAAUGACCCUUUGGGCAGCCUCCUAGGACAGUGUGUCUGAGCCACCCAUCACCCAACACAGAAGAGACCAACUCCUGCAUUAGAUAGGCCAGAGAGCCAUAUCCAAAUGGCAGGGAGACGCAAAAAAGUUGGUCUGUUUACCUCUAAGAGCUGAGGAAGUUAACCAGUCUGUCCUUGGCCUCAGGAGGUGAGACAGUGCAAUGCUUUCUCUGUACUUAAAGCAUUUGGCAAGAUCAAUGGAUGGGAUAUUGGCCUGGCAUGAGCUCUAAGCCUCAUAGUCUAGACAGGAAUUUUCUACACUUUUCCUCCUCUGAGUCUAUGUUUUCAUUCCUGUGGAGCUUUAACUAUGAGGUUGAUGCAGAGUGUUAACAACCUUCUGGACUGUACAACGUUGGAUGUUUAAGAAGCAAGGAGGACAACCGCAUCGCGCCCCAAAAUCUAAUUGCCAAGAUACAAUCGGAAGAUAACAAAGGUGUCUGUAGCAUUUUAAAAGACUGGUGAGAUUUAUUACUGCAAUCCUUAAAACCGGUUACUCCCCCAAAUAUACAGGACAGCAUCGUUUUCCUUUUAGAAAAUACCAAGUAUGGGAGAAACCAGGACCAUAUCAGAGUUGGGAGACCACAGACUUUUUACCAGUACUGAAUAUUAAGUUUUUGAAAAUUAUUCAGAGGCUUUUUAUAAAAAUGUGAGAACUUUCAGAACUGUUUCCUAAAGGUUGCUGUUUCAAUAUUAGCCUCUAGGACAGUGAUGGCGAACCUUUUAGAGACCGAGUGCCCCAAAACCACCCCCACCUUCGCUCUGCCCUCCCCGCUGGGCCACCCACCACCUCCACAGCCCGCCACAGAUCACCCAGGCAGCCCAGCAGCACCAUGGUAGCCAUGCCCUUCACCCAUGCCCCGCAGCAUCAUCUGCGUGCGAUGGGGCGCAAGGGCAGUC